UCGGUCGUACAGAAAGAAGAUAAUGUACAUGUAUGUAUGUGAUGCUUCUUUGGCAGACUUCAGUUCUUCAUUCUAUUCCUUCUGCAGCGCUGUCGUUCCAACAAGCUGCGGUUUCUCUGAACUUUAAGUUGAAGUCAACGAUUCCGCUUGUAAGUUAUACCGUUGAAAGUGUGGCAGUUUCUUCAGCUCGUUGAGCCGCGUCACAAUCUGCAUCGGUUGCCUCACCACCUCUUAGAACCUUGCCGCCACCUGGGGGGAAAGGAGGGGUUUGCGUGAUAGAGUCGCCAACAGAAUUCUGGUUGACAUCCUCAUCUGUGUCCAUGAUAGGGAAAGCGGUAGUGGCGAUGUCAACAGAACCAGUGCAAAGUGGACCAGGGCUUUCAAAAGAGCCUCCAACAGAAACGAAUGGAAAUGGUGGUGGGGGGGAACUAGAAGGACUUGCAAAGUGGAUCAAGCAGUACCAUGACGCACGGCCUGGCCUAGAAGUACUUCAGGCGCAGAUCGACCAGUGGAUGGCAGAGUUUGAUGUACGCGAGGAGCAGGCGCGGCGAGAGCGAGAAGCGAAGGCCGCCGAAGACGAUGGAUGGACGCUCGUCGUUGGGAAGGCGGGCCGGAAGAAGAACACGGACGCGGAGGGCACGGCGGUGGGGGCGGUGGCGCCGGAGGUGGCGGCGAGGGCCGCGGAGGAGCAGGCGAGGAAAAAGAACAAGGGCCAGGUGCUGGACUUCUACAGGUUCCAGGAGCGGGACAGGCGGCGCAGCGAGCUGAUGGCGUUGCAACAAAAGUUCGACGAGGACAAGAAGCGGAUAGCUCGGCUCAAGGCAUCGAGGAAGUUUCGGCCCUAUUGAAGCCACCUCCAUUUUACAUCUUCGAGUUGACGAAGUGACGCUUUCCAAGGAGACGUGCAAGCGACUUUCCAUACGCGCCCUCCAGCGGUUGUCCUGCAAAUGUAUCGGAUGGUAAUCUCCACUUGAAGCACAUGGUUGAUGGCGUCGAUUUUCAGUGGGAAUGAAGGAUCACACCGCUUCGACUAUCUUCCAAUAACCCAUCAGUCUAGCUCUGGUCUGAGGAUGGAGGCUGUAGUCUACGAUCAAACUCAAUUCAACGCCUAUGUAAGGUGCGGCAUGGUCGGUUUGUCACGCAAGCCAGUUCUCG